CGUCACCUGCGGCUUUAAAGCCCGCGGAAUGAAAUUACCCGCCCCGCUCGGGCAGCCAAUCAGGCGCCCCGGUCUCCCCGGAAGUGCGUGCGGCAGCUCCGCCCCUAGGCUCCGAGCAGAGGUGGAAGCUGGUGCGGGGUGCUGGAGGUGAAGCUCCAGCGAGUCCUGGAUCCUCUGAGGAAGGCGAUGGAGAGGGCCCUGGCGAUGGAGUCCAAGGAGAAGGACAGCACCGCGGCGUGGAAGAACAAGGUAAAGCGACGGAGAGAGAGAAUCAAGGCUGAGUGCGAGAAGCUGCGUCGCUUUGUGAACGAGGAGGAGCAGCGGCUUCUGCAGAGACUGGAGGAGGAGGAGAGCGAGACUCUGCGGAGCCUGGAGGCGAACGUAGCCCAACUCUCCCGGCAAAGCUCCUCUCUGCGCACGCUGAUCUCGGAGAUAGAGGAGAAGAGCCGGCAGACACCUGCUGAGCUGCUGAAGGAUGUGAAAAGGACCUUGGACAGGAGCAAGGAUGUGAAGCUUCAGGAAACAAAAGCUGUUUCAACAGAGCUGAAGACCCCGUGCAGCAUCCCAGGGAUGGUGGAAAUGCUAAGGAAAUUCACAGUGGACGUGACUCUGGACCCAGGGACGGCUCAUCCCAAACUCGUCCUGUCUGAGGAUCGGAAAUGUGUGAGACACGGAGACACCCGACAGGAUCUGCCCGACAGCCCUGAGAGAUUUGACCCUUGUGUCUGUGUCCUGGGGUCAGAGGGGAUCACGGGCGGGAGGCGCUACUGGGAGGUGGAGGUGGGAGACAAGACGCGCUGGACCCUGGGGGUGUGCAGGGAGUCUGUGCGCAGGAAGGGGAGGGUCAGACUGUCACCUGGCGAUGGAUACUGGGUCGUGUGGCUGCGGGACGAGGGAUACAAGGCCCUCACCUCCCCCUCGACCCCCCUCCCCGUGUGCGUGCGGCCCAGGCGGGUGGGGGUUUUCCUGGACUACGAGGCGGGCGAGGUCUCAUUUUACAACGUGACCGACAGGUCCCAUCUCUUCACUUUCACUGACACCUUCUCCGGGACCCUGCGCCCUUACUUCAGUCCUGGUGUCAAUGCUGGGGGCACCAACGCGGCUCCCCUGACCCUGUGCCCGGUCCCAGCCCAGCCCUGAGGGAAUCCCUGUCCCUGCCAUGACCUGCGGGGGCACAGACUGUCCCCUCCCCGCGCCCCGACUGCCACCCCUCGGUGUCCCCGGGGUGGGGACAGGGCUGGGGUCUCCAUCACAGCACCUGCUUCAUGUCCCAGUCCCCACGCACACAGCCUGGGAGGGACCGGCUCCAAGCUCUCGUCCUUCAUGUACAGAUCCCUGCCGUCCCCGUGUUUUGUCAAUCGGGACUUUGCUUUCCUCUCUCAGCACUGUCCUCCCGCCUCUCCUCUCCUCCCCUCCCUCCAUGCCCUGUCCUUUGCUCUCUGCACCUCCUGCCAUAGCGUGUGAGGAGGUGAGCGCGUGCUCGUGAAAGCUGAUGCGUCUCCAAGUCCGUCAGCCCAGCGGUGCUCAAGCUUUCUGGUGCGCGAGUCCAGGGCCCCGCACCACAUCUAGGGCCACACGUGGGGUUGGACUGCACAGGCGGACCCGGACCCCGUGCACGUACAUGACGGCUCAGUGCCCCGGGGACAGGGGUGCUUGGGUGGCAGGGUGUGGGGGCAGCAUCCCUAGCAGGGGCAGCCUGCUGGAGCCGGGGCAGAGCCACGAUCCCCUGCGUGUGUGCUGUUGUGUCUUAUUGUGCUUGCUUGCACUGCCCCUUCCAGGCCAAGGCCCCCGUGGUCAGCAUUGCAGGGUUUAGUUGUUUGUGGCAGUUUUGCGGCCCUGGUGACUCCAUUUUCGCUGCCACGAGGAGCCGGUGGGCAUUUGGUUCCUCUCACGCACCAGGACUGGGCAUAAUAAAAGACUGUUAGUUCAA